AAUUGUCGUAUAGCAAAGAAAUGUAUGAAAAUAAGAAUAUGUGGCUAGAAACGGUGCCACAAACCAAGAAGCAAUGACCAACCCAACCCAAACAAACACCUUUCUCUUCUCUUUUCCCAUGGCUACAUUUCCCUCUCUCUUCUCUCAAACCCAAUUUUCUCCAUGGCUUUCAUAAACCACACCUCUCUCCUUUCUCCAACUCCCAAACUCCUCUUCUCACUCACUUCACCAAAUCCAUCACCACUAAUCAAACCAUUUCUCACCCACAAGAGGAGUCUGAGUCUCCACACCAAGUAUGGUGCAACCACUCCUUCUGUUGUAGAAGAAGAAGAGGAGGGCAAUAAUGUCCUUUUGAGUUCAACUAGGGAGGAAGAAAGAAGAGAAUCAAGGAUUUUGGUUGAUUAUGAUUGGACUGAAGAAUGGUACCCUUUAUACCUAACCAAAGAUGUUCCUGAUGAUGCUCCUUUGGGUCUAACUGUUUAUCAUAAACAAUUGGUUUUGUACCGUGAUGGGUCUGGUGAGCUAAGGUGCUAUGAAGAUCGAUGCCCUCAUAGAUUGGCUAAACUAUCAGAAGGUCAGUUGAUUGAUGGGAGAUUGGAAUGUUUGUAUCAUGGUUGGCAAUUUGAAGGGGAAGGACAAUGUGUUAAGAUUCCUCAGCUUCCAGCUAAUGCCAAGAUUCCUAAAGCAGCUUGCCUAAAGCCAUAUGAAAUAAGAGACUCCCAAGGGGUCAUUUGGGUGUGGAUGUCCCAAAAGACACCACCAAACCUCAACAAAAUCCCUUGGUUUGAGAAUUUCGCCAGGCCGGGAUUCACUGACAUAUCUACCAUUCAUGAGCUCCCAUAUGACCACUCCAUACUUCUUGAGAAUCUGAUGGACCCUGCUCAUGUUCCCAUCUCCCAUGACCGUACUGACUGGACUGCCAAAAGAGAAGAUGCUCAGCCACUAUCGUUUGAGGUCACCGAACGCACUGACCGAGGUUUCGCGGGGUGGUGGGGAAGGGCGAGGGAUAAUUCGUCGCCUAACUUCUUGAGGUUUGAAGCACCUUGUGUUCUCCAAAACAAUAGGGAAAUUGUUGAUGAGAAGACUGGAGUGACUAAUUACUUCACAGGUUUAUUCCUAUGUAGACCGAGUGGACAGGGUAAGUCGAUGCUUAUAGUGAGAUUUGGGAAUACUAGAGGAUCGCCUCUUAUAAAACUCUUUCCUAAAUGGUACUUUCAUCAGAAUGCUUGUAAAGUUUUCGAGCAAGAUAUGGGAUUUCUUUCGUCUCAAAACGAAAUCCUCAUGAAAGAAAAAGUGCCCACCAAAGAGCUUUACCUCAAUUUGAAAUCAUCAGAUACUUGGGUGGUUGAGUACAGGAAAUGGAUGGACAAAGUUGGACAUGGAAUGCCAUACCAUUUUGGACAUGGCACGAUAUGGUUACCUCAAGAGCCGGCGGUUGUGGAGCAUGCUCCUGCGGGACUUGUUGCUGGAAUAUCAGCUUCUUCACCAGCCAAAGGAGGGAUAGGAACAAUGCACGCGCCCAACUUUUCCAACCGGUAUUUUCGGCAUGUGAUACAUUGUAAAGGGUGUAGGACUGUGGUCAAAGCUUUUGAGGCAUGGAAAAAGGGUCUCUCGGCAGUUGCUGUGGCGUUGACUGCUUUGGCGAUUUUGGUGUCGGGGAGACAGUGGAAGACCAUUCUUUUGGUAUCGGCGGCCUUGUGCUCUGGUGGGGCUUAUGCCUGUUCAACAGCUAUUGCUAUGAAUACUACCAACUUCAUUAGAACACACAGGAGAUUGUGAACUUUCAAUGAAAUUAUUACCAUUGAAAUGAAAAUUUUUAAGUGAUGAUAUAUGGAUACAGAACGUGAAAAGUGAUGUUGAAACUUAACAUUGUGAAAACGCUUGUGUCAACAUUAGUGAAUUAUAAUAUUGGCUAGCUGUUGUUACACAAGUGUUUGCUGAUCAAAUACAUUGUAGAUGUUUGGCAUGGAUAUCAGUGUAAGUGUAUUCUUAAACUGUGGAGAUGUUUUAUUUAGUGUAAUGAUAAAGCUGUUUUAAACUUCCAA